CUGGCGCUCCACUUCCACCCCUCAGUGUCGCUGUUUGCAAAAACCAUCCUGCAGGGAGACUCCAUCCAGUACUCAGGUGACCCUCUGCAGGACUUCACCCUCAUCAGGUUCUUGGAUCGGUUCGUCUUCAGAAACCCCAAACAACUGAAAGGAAAACAAAACACUGAUUCUGCAGCGAUGAUGCCCAAACAGAGAUUACCUGCCAACUCUUUACCAGUGAACUGUGCAGAGUUUCUUGCUAAAGACGAAAGUCAGAUUCCUGUGGAUGAAGUCUUCUUCUAUCGCUACUUCAAGAAGCACGAGCAGGAGAAACAGACUCGUCGACCGCGAAGAGACGGCGACGAUGAGAGCCUGGAGGACGUGGAUGAUGACGAGUUUGAGAAACUUCUCGAUUCCUGUGAGGGAGACUCUUACUUCACUGACCUGGGGGUUGAUGAUCUGGACUUUGCAGGUAAUGUGAAGAGCAAACAAGGUAAGAAAGCUGCAGAGGACUCGGACGAGGACGACUCGGACGUGGACGACCUGGAUGACGAGGAGGUGUCUCUGGGCAGCAUGGACGAGGAAGACUUUGGAGACGAACUGGACGAUGAAGGAGGGGCGUUCAUGGAUCCUGACGGAGGUGGAGAUGAUGAUGAUGAUGAUGACGAAGUUCCAGAGCUGGAGGAUGAUGAUGAUGAUGGUGAUGCUGCUGCUGCUGCGUUUGGAGAUUCAGAUGAUGACGACAUGGAAGCUCCAGACAUCACUCCUCGGACCAAGAAGGGAAAAAGGAAAUCCUCAGAGGAGCUCGACUUCUCUGGAUCUUUAGGUUCCAAACAGGGAAAGAAGAAGAAGAAAGAAAAGACAAAUGCAGCCAUGUUUGCUUCUGCUGAAGAGUUUGGCUCUCUGCUGGAUGAGAACGCGGGCUCCAAGUUUGACAACAUCGGGCUGAACGCCAUGGCCAACAGAGACAAAGCAGGUCUGAAGCAGCUGAAGUGGGAGUCUCAGCGCGACGACUGGAUCCACGACCGCGAUGUCAAAACGCUGCGCAGGAAGAAGACCAUGUUCAACAAGAAGAAGCCGAUGUUCGGCCGAGCCAGGACGGCAGGCAGGACGUUUGGGAACAAGAAGAAGAAGAAGUAGUAGCUGAUGAUGUGGACUUUUCACUGAUGGACAUUUUCACUCCUGUUUGGCUGUCCAGGCUUCGUGGUCUCUCUCUCGGAUGCCGGGGAUGCCCGCCCACUCGUUGGACUUGUAGUAAACUGAGAGGAAACGGAAGCAGACAAACAGAAACUGGUUUUCAAAUCCAGUCUGUCAGCUGAUUAAAGCUGCACACUGAUAGUACCUCUUCUCUGUUUAAUGAGAAGGAAAUGUCUGAUCUGAAGACGAGCCGCGUUUCAGUUUUGUAAAAAUUUAAGACUCUUAUGCUGGACAGCGUGUUGUCAUGGUGACAGGUUUGUGUCUGUAGAAGAUCAAAGACAAAUUUCCCAAUUUAAUACAAAACCAGCAGAAUUUCUUUAAUAAAUUCAUUCUAAUAAGUUCAUAUUCACACUGCCCCUGUGUUUGAUAAAGAUGUGUAUUCACAUUAAAGCUAAUGUUUUCUGAUCCUGA